ACACACUCCAUGGCCAAAGGCAAUGAUUCAGAAGUGACUGAAUUUAUCCUCUUGGGACUCACAGACAGUCCAGAGCUUCAAGAACUUCUUCUGGGGAUCUUUUUAGUGAUCUACUUAAUUAGUGUCAUAGGUAAUCUUGGAUUAAUUAUGCUAAUUCGUAUCAGUCCGCAGCUCCACACAGCUAUGUACUAUUUCCUCAGCCACCUAGCUUUUGUUGAUUUUUGCUAUACCUCCUCUGUCACUCCUAACACGAUGGUGAACUUCCUCCAAGAAACGAAGAGGAUAUCCUUACCUGCCUGUGCCACUCAGUUGUGUUGCUUUAUCACGUUUGUGGUUUGUGAAUUGUACACGCUGUCAGUCAUGGCCUAUGACAGGUAUGUGGCCAUUUGUCACCCUUUACUCUACAGCAUCAUCAUGAACAGAAGGGUCUGUAUUCAAAUGGUGGUUAGCACAUAUCUGUAUGGCUUUUCUGUGGGACUCCUCCAGGCAUUUCUUACAUUCCACUUGUCAUUCUGUAAUUCAAAUAUAAUAAAUCACUUCUACUGUGAUGAUGUCCCCCUGGUUGGUCUGGCCUGUCGUAAAAGCCAUUACAAAGAUAUCAAAGAACUGAUGCUGUUCACGCUGGCUGGUUUCAAUACCCUUUCCUCUCUUCUUAUUGUUCUCGUCUCUUACGUAUUCAUUCUGUUUACCAUUCUGAGGAUUCAGUCAGCGGAAGGCAGACAAAAGGCGUUUUCUACUUGUGCUUCUCACCUGACUUCCAUCGCUGUAUUUUACGGUACAAUCAUCUUCAUGUAUAUGCAGCCCAAAACAAACCAGUCUCUGGACACUGACAAAGUAGCUUCUGUUUUCUAUAUAGUGGUGAUUCCCAUGCUAAAUCCUUUAAUAUACAGCCUGCGGAACCAGGAAGUCAAAAAUGCUUUGAAGAGAAUUAUGGGAAAAGUGUGUUCUAUUAUAAAGUAA